GAUGAUGAUGAUGAUAAAAAAAUGAUGACAAAUUGACAAUGAUGACUAGUCCUAUAUGUACAUAAAUCAUCAGUCAUCAUUGUAAUUAAAUAAAGAAUACAGUGAUUGUGGUUGAGGAAAGUUAAAUUAUUUUUCAAAUCAAAGGUUACAGUAGGCCUACUCUUUUUAUCACUCUGCUAUAUGUACAUACUUGUAGGUGUAUGUUAAAUUGCUAAAUAUUGUAGAAUAUUAUUUGUGGAAGAUCUUGGGUUGAUUCUGGGAAAGAUUGUGGCCCGAAUGCCAUUUGGGCUGUGUAAAGGGCGAAUGCACCUAUUACCCUUGAAUUGUUAUUACGGUUUCUACUUUUUAUGCUUUUUAUGCAUUCUAAUUCAUAGGUUUAAAAGAAUAAGAUUUCUUGUGCCCUCGCUGUUUUAAGCAACUGCAAUGCAAUGCAAUACAUGUACAUGUGGGCCUUGCAAUUUGGCAUCACAUUGGAGAGUCAUGAUGUACAUGUACAUGUAUUAUAUGCCUACUCUGUAAAUCAUGUGCAGUACUGCAUCAUACAGUACACUACACUACACUUGACUUUCAUAUAUUACAUUGGAAAGAAGUCCAUGGCAUUCUCCAAAUGUUUGGAAGUGGGUCACAGGCAUAUGUGAAAAAGCUAUGGCGGAGUGGUAACAACAGAGAGUCUGCAGACGCAGGAUCUGGUCUGUGCGCAUUCCGGGGAUUCCCAUUGCAUGUUUCAGCGCCGGGAAAUCAAUGCCCCCACAGCCCCCUAGCAAAUUCCGAUGGGGUUUCUUGCUGGCUUGAGUGGCAUAGGGCUCUAUCGUUCAAAUCUUUAGCUCUUGAAAGGUUAACAAAGUUUUUUUUAAUGAUAAUAAUUCUCGUAUUACAUUAGACCUACAUUGUACAUGUUCAUCUGUACACUGUACUCUGUAGGCAUUUUUCUGUAACCCCCCCCCCCCCUCUCUUGACAGAGCAUACAUGUAAUCUCAUAUUCUACAGUACAUACAUGUAUUUCUAAACAUUAAUUUUGAAAAUAAUAUGCAUCGAUGAAUGUACACCAUGACUGCACGCUCCGGUUGGGAAUUUUGAAAACUAAACAUAAUUAAAAUUUACAGAAAAUUAAACUAAAAGUCUACGAAAUUCUACAAUUUCACUUCAGAUAUUGCAAAAGUGUUCCCAUCAUCUUAAUUCUUAAAUGCAUUUAAUUUCAAUAUAAUAAUUCAUGAAAUUUGCUCAUACAACCUAAACUGAUCAUGAUCGGCCAUUGAUGUAGUCAACAACACCCUCAACUUUACAAGUUCCAUAGACAUAGGACCCACCUCUCAAAAACUGAUAAAUAAUGGAAGGCUAAUUCCUGCCUACCCUAAUGGGCAGUGCUCAAGCAUGAAUAGUUUUUCCCUUUUUUUUUGGGGGGGGGGGUGUCAUUUGAGAGUUUAUUUUAUUGACUUUCUUUAUAAGCUAUCCCUCCAUAGUGGUAUUAUUUUUAAUAGUUGGCAACCAUUUCAAAAGAGAAUAGAUUCAAUAGGGGGUCUUUUUUGGUGAUGAACUGUAAAUGUUGGGGUUACCAGCAUAAUGUACAUAGGUGAUUCCACGGUAACUCGCAUUACACAAGUUUGUAUGUGUCUUUUCUAAUACCUGGUGCUGUCAGUUUUACAGGGAUGAGUCUUUCAAGUUUAUACUGUCAAUUUAUCUUAACAUCCGAGGCUUUAAAACAAUACAUACACAUAUAGAAAGGUUGUACAGUGUAUGAUGUACAGUAUACAUGUACAUGAAUUGUGGACGAGUGACUUUCCAAAAAUCGGUCAGUCGCAUUACACAAAAAGGACAUGAAAAAAAAGUGACUGAAUUCUUUUUGAUAGUUCUUUCAAAUCAAAAGAAUUUUACCAAUUUCAAUACUGUACCUGCAAAACAUAGCAGUCUCAAAUAAGACAUUGGCAUUGGGAGGUAACUUUGAGUUUCUUUUGUAGAUACAAAAACGCUGGUCAGUCGCAUUACGGUCUGUCGCAUUACACUUUGUCCAGCACCACAAAUUUGACAUUUUUAACCCUUCCUGCAACUUAUAUUAAAAAAAUUUCUUUUGAUAUCAUGAUAUAAACUGAUGACCUUCAGAUUAUCCAACUGAAAGUUUUACAAAACAAGCAAUAGUUUUCUGUUAAAUAGAAAUUCAGUUAAAAAGUAUAUGUAGUCCCAUGCAUAUAAUUUUUUUGCAUGGUUCAGAUUCUCCUUUAAGGAGAUGUCUAAGAAAAAAAUUUGAGGCUUAUUUUGAUCACCUUUGUAUUUAUGAACUUCCAUAUGAGUUUUUUUAAAGAAAAUUUUGAUCCAGAUUUGAAAUAGAGUCAAUUAAAAUUUUUGGAAAGUGUCUGCUUUAAUACAUGUAUCGCCCACAUACAUGUUUAGUUGUGAACUUGUGAUUGAUUUUAUGUGUUCAAUUGCAACCAUAUUCCACAGUGCACAAUCAUUGGGCAACUUUCUUUGGUUUUGAUCGGCUGAGAUGCAUCAUUGUAACUGUGGUAGUGAAUUGCAAUGGACUAUUCAUAAGCUGAUGAUUCUGAAAUGUUGUUAAAUGGUUGUUUUGAUAUUCCAAACAUGGAGUAGUGUGUGUAACUGAAAGGUCCUACAUGUAUAUCAAACAGCUGUUGGAUUGAAUUGGUAACUGUGUAUUAAACAUUUGACAAGUCCUUUCAUGAAACUCUGGCUCUCCCUGAUCAGUAAUCACCUGUGUUAUGUAUUUUUUCAACCCAUCAUUCAGUUUAUAAUAGCAUCAUUACAUGAUCAAUGUUUUGAUGGCGUCAAGUUCAACUACAUGUACAAUGUACAUGUACAUGAUGUUUAUACUUAUAGUAGAAUUUACUUUUCUCCUAUUUUGCUGUUCCCUAGCAGGAAGUUGGAUUGAAAGUCUCCCAGCUCUCCAGGCUGUAUCAACAGCAACAGCAGCCUAAGGGCCCUGACUCCCCAGAUAGUAGCAUCAGAGACAGUAGUAGCUAUGCCAGCAGUACAGACAGUUCCUCAAUCAGCAACGGCAGUGGUUUCCGCUCCAUCCCAGCAGGUUAUGGGUUGAAGCGGAAAUCUAGCUACGAUGAUAGAGGACAGCCAAUGCUACAGUCCAACACACCUGGGGAGACCUUGCAACAUCCAUCACCCUACGGUCAGCAGACUUCCCGUCAACAGAUCUACUUAGCAAGUGGUGGUGACAAUGCCCGCAGUCUUUCAUCCGUAUCUUCAAACAACUCCUUCAGUGAUGGCAGGACUUCUUCCAUUCAACAGCAGCAGCAGCCACAGACUGCUUAUACAGGCCGUUCGUACAACUCCACGAUGGCCCAUGGGGACAGUUUGGUAACGAACGCGCAGGCAAUGCCUUAUGUGAAAGCUGUUGCUCCUGGGGGUGACAGUAGACUUCAACCGCAAUGGAAUGCAAUGAAUUACAGUGGUUAUUCUGGACAUUCAAGAGAUAGUAGCGGACAAAUUCAUAUAACGGCUAGUAGGGCGCCAUCAAGUAAUCUGCAAAGCACAAACCCUAAUAGGUCUGGUGCACCUAUGGAAAGGACAAAUCUAGCAAAUAGGCUACAUGUAGGUAAGAAUGGUGAUGUGAUUUACCAGUCGUAUGUGAAUCCAAAUAGAGACAGUUCAGGGUAUAAGUCUAGCCUGACUAUGAAUAGGGUGCCAGGGGCAGCUGAUACUGGUUAUAACCAGUUAACAAUCAAUCCAGAGGACAGAACUAUCAAACGUCAAACUGUUAUCACAAUCUCGACGACAUCGUCAACGACAUACUCGACGGGAAAGACGUUUACCGUAUCAGAUCCUAUGUCAUCACACAAUCCGCCUCCUUAUCCUCAAGGAAGGACUUAUAAUGUUCAAGCCGCAACGGCAGCUGCACAAGGUCAAAGCAUUCCCCAGUCCAAUGGAUACGACUUGGGACAAAGACAUGGAACAAUGACGCAUGCCACCUAUGCAGGGCAAGGUACACAUGUGUCCAGUCAGUUGGCAGUUUCGCGUAAUCCACCAACUGGUUUGAAUGCGGCCUACAAUGGACAGGGUACCAACAUGUCAAAUCACCUAAAUGUACAACCUAGUCCCACACCUACAGAGCAACAUCGAAGCUGUGCUCAUAUAAUGAUAUUACCCGCAGACAAUCAGCCUAGCAUUUACAGUCCAGAUAUGAUAAGUGCUAUGAUUAAUAAAACUCAGCCUCCCCCAAGUUAUGAAUUCAGUACCCAAAAUCGGCAGACCCCAAAUUCAAUUCAGACUCAAGCAGGUCAUGUCGGUGGGCCUCAGCAAAGAGGAGGCACACCGACCAUGACUCAAUCGCAGUACAAUACAGCAAGACUCACUCCGCAGAAUAGUCAGGGUCCUAGCAAUAGUAGUACUGUAUUCAAGCCAAUCCCAUCACAGAUGGGAGGCAACGUGGUACAGAUUCAAACCCAACUCCCGCAACAUCAUCAGCCUCAGCCGGCAGUUGUGACAAUUAGUCGUAUAGAACCAAACAAUGAUUUACCAGGAAAUAGCAAACCACCGCCACCAUACAGGCCGGCAGCUACUGUGCAGAAUGUGGAGAUGAAGGCCAAAGACUUGCAUCUCAAUGUUCCAGUUGCUGCUGCAGUAAGUUCAACUGCCGUACCAGGGCCUGGUUACUCCUCACCACCUUUUCUUCAGUCCGUUAGCAGUACCCCAGUUGCAAAACCUGUCCUUCAGAAAGCCCAUGGACCUGAUCAGCCGCCACCUGCAAGAGGUCCAUCACCAGACACGAUCAGCACUCAAAGCACUAGCACACAGAGCUCUUCCGCAAGAUCAGAAUCCCCUCUUGUCAGACCUCCAUCUCUUAUUUCAGAGAUUUCAGAUGGUUGUGAUUUGGAGAGUGCAUCUAGCGAUUCCCAGCCGCUCGAGAAGAGCAGGAUCGAAUCUCCUGUGCCUGAGCGUCGGAACAAGGGUAGGCAUAAGGAACGGUAUGAGCCUCGUGUCAGGGUCUACAGACCGGAAGCCUAUAAGUUUUACAUGGAGCAACACGUUGAGAAUAUUCUCAAGUCGCAUCGGCAAAGAAUCAAAAGGCGGAUGCAACUUGAGCAGGAGAUGCAGCGUGUUGAUCUCACCCCAGGGGAUCGCGACCAGAUGAGGCGGAUGCUUUUCCAGAAGGAGUCCAACUACCUCCGCCUCAAGCGUGCCAAGAUGAACAAAUCCAUGUUCAAGAAAAUCAAAACCCUUGGCAUUGGAGCCUUCGGUGAAGUGGCUCUUGCCAGGAAAGUUGACACCAAUGCCUUGUACGCUGUGAAGAAGCUACGGAAACUAGACGUCAUACAGCGUAACCAGGCAGGCCAUGUGAAAGCGGAGCGGGAUAUCCUGGCAGAAGCGGACAACGAGUGGGUAGUCAAACUAUACUACUCCUUUCAAGACAAGGAAAACUUGUACUUUGUGAUGGAUUACAUCCCAGGAGGUGACUUGAUGAGCCUCUUGAUUCGCCUUGAGAUCUUUGAGGAGGACCUUGCAAGAUUCUACAUUGCGGAAUUGGUCCUGGCCAUAGAAAGUGUGCAUAAGAUGGACUUCAUCCAUCGAGACAUCAAACCAGAUAACAUCCUGAUUGAUAGAGAUGGUCACAUCAAGCUCACUGACUUUGGCCUCUGUACUGGCUUCAGAUGGACCCAUGACUCCAAAUACUAUCAGAAACCUGGCCACAAUAGAACGGACAGUAUGGAGCCCUUUGACACCAUGGACCGAGGGAAAUGUGGGUGCAGUCACCACCAUUUUGAUGCCAAAGAUAAGGAGCAUGACCGUUCCUCUCAUGACAAGCGCCCUCUGAAGACCCUUGAGAGGAGAAAGAAGCGUGAGCAGGAGCGAUGCAAGGCCCACUCCCUGGUUGGAACCCCCAAUUACAUCGCCCCUGAGGUUCUUAUCAGAACAGGGUAUACCCAGCUGUGUGAUUGGUGGAGUGUGGGUGUCAUCUUGUACGAGAUGUUGGUUGGUCAACCCCCGUUCCAUGCAGACUCGCCUGCCGAGACCCAGUUUAAGGUUAUAAACUGGAAGCAAUACCUUCACAUCCCGUCCCAAGCCAAGCUCAGCCGCGAUGCCUCUGAUUUCAUCCGCCGACUCUGCACAGGACCAGAGGAGCGCCUGGGCAAAAACGGUGUCCUAGACAUCAAAUCGCAUCCGUUCUUCCAGACCAUAGACUUUGACUCCAACAUCCGCAAGAUGAAAGCCCCCUACAUCCCCACCGUCCGCCACCCGACGGAUACCUCCAACUUCGAUCCCGUCUCGCCGAAUAAGCUAGGCUCCAACUCCAGCACAGACAGCUGGGACAGCAACCCUACCGAAGAGGAGAAUCAUCGGCAGCAGACGGAUCAUGCCUUCUUCGAGUUCACCUUCCGGAGGUUCUUCGAUGACAAUGGACAUCCGUACCCGCUGCCCAUCGACAUUGACUCGCCGCCUGGACCUGGUGAGAUGGAGAGAUCUGAAGGGGACGGAGCAGCCGCUCAGAGCAGCACCGACUUGCAAGACAUGGACUAUGUCUGAUAAAAAUGAACAACAGUUCAUUUCCUUCAUACAAGAUGACAGCAUUUGACAUGCUGUGCCUCGUUUGAAUUGUCUUUUCGUGUUUUCUGUUGUAUGGUAUGUUUUCAUUAGAAUUUCCUUCCCCUCAAAGGGGUCAUAAUCUUGUUGGUUAUGAUUAUCUUGACUUUCAUGAUUUUCAGCUGCACCGUAAAUAUGAAAAAUGUAGUGAAUUAAAAAGUUUAAUAUGCCAGUGUCAGAAAUUUCACCUAAAGAUCCAUGUGAAAGUGGAUUAAAGGCCUCACAAUUUAAUGCAAUUGCAGUAGAUCCUUUUGAUAACUUCCUUCGAGCACAUGUGGGUAUAUAUAUUACUCGAUUAAUACUUAAAACCUCGCCUCUGAAAUUUAUAUUGAUGAUCAUUCUAAAUCCUAGACCGUGUUUUGUAUGUAUUUUUUUCAGCCCUUUGGUUAGAGCUACAUUACACACCUUUAUUGGUUGUUUUUUUUUAGAGGGAAACCAAAACAUAUUCAGUUGCGUGACCUCCAUGCACAUCCAAGAUGGAAUGUGGUGACAUUCAACACGCUUGAAUUGUCAGACCACGAUCCUUGUCUAGGUAGUGUUCACACGGGGAGUUAUAGCACUCUGAAUUAUGUUUUUAAUUGACAUUUCCGACAUAUUUGUGAUUGGAUUACUAAGGUGUGAGGGUUUCUCUGUGGGUUUAAAGAUUUUGAUGUGAAUGAAUUGAAUUUAUUCAUUCCUACAAUUUGAUGACAUGCACAGUGUAUUUGAGAUGUUCACGGCUGUCCAGCUCUUGUUGCUGAUGCUAUGCUUUGUUCUAAUGGCCUUCUUAAUUAACAUUCUUUUUUUUUACUUUUUUUUUUUUUUUUUUUGGGGGGGGGGGGCAUGUUUAAAGGUGUAAUUGUCCAUUAUUACGCAUCAUUCAUGUUUCCAAAGCAACAAAUAUCAAAGGGCUAUGCUUAUCCUUAUUACAGGUGCCUACAUAAACCUGUAUUAUGGGUGACAUCAAGAGAUGAGAGCAUACAUUCACACAGUAGAUUACAGGCAUUAGGCAUACCAUUGCUAUCAGCUUUAAUGUGUGUAUGUGUAGGAGGACACCAUUGUCAUGGUACAUUCCGACAUGCCUGGAAUAAUUGAUAUUUAAAGACAAGAGUUGAAGAGGUCGGGAAGUAAGUCACCAUGCCGAGUGCAGGGAUAGUCAUCUUACAAAACAAGACAUGGUAUGCAUAGAUAUAAGAGCUAGAAGGCCGUUAAAGCAAAUUCAUAUUGUUGGUUAUGCAUUAUAGGGUUUCGGGUUUACCAAAGAGGUUAUAUAUUAAAGGAGGCAAAUUCCUUUAUAUUAGGUAAACGAUAUCAAGACAUAGCAUAUAUUAAAAUGAAACGAGCUAGAAGGUCAUUAUGGAAAUUUACAUUGUUUGUAAUUGCAUUGUAGGACUCAAGUUUACUGAAGACACUAAAUACAUAUAAAGCGGGCAAAUCCCUUUUAAAAUAAGAAUUUGGUUAAUGAUAUCAUUACAUGACAUUCAAGAGAAAUAAAAGUGGAAACAUUGUGAAAGGUUAUUGUUAGUAUUGGUAUUACGGCAUUAUGAGGUCUGAACAUUAAAUGUGAACUUUUUACUGAAAGAGUUUAAUGUCGAAAGGGGGCAAGUCCCUUUUUAAGAAAAUUUUGUUGAUAUUAUAAAUUAUUUCCUCUAUUUGGAAAUAUUUACAUUUUUGGAGUUUUAAUAAAAUUCUAUUACUCUGUCACUCCUGAUAUAUGUUGGUUGAUGGGAUAAACAAUUACAGAAUUGCUUCCCUCCCAAGAAUUGUCACUAAAGAGAAAGUAUUCAGCUCAUCAUUAGUUUUGAAGAUUAAUGCCAAGUAAGAUAUUAUAGUUUGUCGGAUCCAUGUUGCUCGUGGGCUACCCAAAUAUCAUUUCAGGGUGAGGGUUUAAAGGGCAUUAUUAUAAACCUACACAGAUGUACUUUUAUUGUAAUUAGGAGGGGAGUUCUCUUCUUGGCUUGAACGUCAGAGUAUGUCUCAUUGGCACCCCCCCCCCCCCCCCACUUUCCCCAGUUAAAGGUAAAUUCCAGUUCUGGUAACGAUCUCAAAAUGAUUUUUUACAGAAUCUAAUAUAAUGACCACCCAAGUGUCUGUUUCUAUGAAUAAAAAAUAUGUGCCAAAGGAUUCUGGAAGAAAUUGUGUAAUUGCUGAGAAAUAAGCAAAAUAAGCGCGGAUUCGGUCACUUCCGUCGGGUCUUUAUUCCAGCAAUAAUAAUACACUGUCCCACGUGUGCCUAUCUGUGUUGGCGAUCUUCAGUGUGAUCGUAUUUCAGCUUAGAUUUUAUGAUUUCACAAAGUUCAGUUUAUGUAACUGUACCAGAUCUAGAUCCACGAUGAUAUAGUCAUACUUAACCUUGGUUUUACAGACUUUCUCACGAAAUUAGUGUUUUACUGCAACUACUGUAAUUUAGCUUUAAAAUCUCACCAAUUAAGCAAAAACAACAAUGUCGAAGACUUGAUGCUUGUUUAACCAAGUGAGAUAAAAUCAAUGCAAUUUACUGCCUCUGUUUCAUCAAGGAUUAAUGGGAACAUUAGUUGAGUGCAAAGUCCAUUUCGAUUAACAUUCUUUGCCUGAAAACAAGGCAGAUAAAUAAACAGAACCUGCUCGUACUUGUUGCUUUUAUUGGAAGUGAAUGCUUGGGGUUUAAUUGUCUAGGUUUCAUAAAGCUGUGUGUAAAGUUGCACACAACUUUAAACAUGACAGGAACAUGUUCUUAAGUGCUAAGUCAGCUACAUAGGGUUACAUGUAUAUCAUUCAUUUAGGACAAGAAAGGAUCACCAGUCGCGUUUAAAGUCAAUUUUAACUUUAUGAAACACCCACCAGUGUAGAUGUGUUUUAAAACCCAUCGUACUUGAGGUUAAGUUUCAGAGAAAAUUAUGUAUUCAAAAGUAUUCUUCAUACAUGAAUUCACGUAGUAAUGUAUUCUCAUUACUGUAGUUGUGUUUUUAAAUUAUGUUGAGUCAGAAUUCAGGUGUAUACUGAUACUAAAUAAAUGAAAUAAUUCAGUUCAGAUGCAAGUGAGGUAGAGUUCUCAUUGUGAAGGAAUAUAUGUAUUCAGACAAUUCUUGUGCUGGAAGUUGAGCUAGAUUUGAUGGGCAUAUACUCAAAUUCUAUUGAAUUUUGUGUUUUGAGGUUAAUCAAAAGGAGGAGCCGUGGUGUAGUGGUUCUGACUCUCGCCUUGUAAACAGAGGGUCGUGUGUUCGAAUCCCACCGCGGUCUGGCGUCCUUUGGCAAGGCGUUAAUCCACACUUUGCCACUCUCGACCCAGGUGCUAAAAUGGGUACCCGGUAGGAUGUGAAAGUCAUUGUAGCUUGUCCAGUACUGUGUGCGCCUCACCGGCGACUGACUGGAAUACUCCCCAGGGAGUGGAGGAUGUGCACACAUUGUGUGCGGGAAUGACUGAUUGAAUCCGAUGACCGGGGUAAUAAUAAUAUAUCUGUAAAGCGCUUAGACACGUCGUUCCGAUGUAUUAAUCGCUAUAUAAAAAACGGAUUAUUAUUAUUAAUGUGCAUUAACAAUGGUUUGCCCCUCCAAUCUCUUAUCAGAACAUUUUUGUGUCACUGCUGUCCAUAUGUCACUGAACAGUCAUAGUGCGCUUGAGCAAUUACCCUCUGGUGUAAAUGGGGGGGGGGUGAGUUUCAUUCAACACAGACUGUCCCUAGUAGUUGUAAUGGAUUAUACACUAUGCAGUACUUGUUAACAGUCACUAAUCAAGAGGUAAAUUAUUGAAACCCUUUAUUUGAAUACAAGGUCAAAAGGCACAUGCCUACCUUUACUCCAUGAUAUAUCAUUUUGGGCAUAUGUUGAAAACAGUUGUGUGGUAUUGAAUGGGUUAAUGAAUUGAUGGUAAUCUCUAUCGAACAACAUCACUAUUUGUGUCCAUCAUCUUUAAGUACAAAUAAUCGUGUUUUGUCAGAACUUGGCAAUUUCAUAGCAAGAUUUUAAUGUAAUUAUGAAUAAGACCGUUAGGAAGAUGAGAUAUCCAUUAAAAAAAAAAAACUGCUUGAACUGAUGAUCAAAAGGCCUUUUUUUACCAGAUCCCAUUCACACUGCAGAUAAAUUUUGCGUUCUUGUAUGUUUUUGUGUCUCGUAAUAGUUGUUUCAGUUUUGCAAUUUGGCUGUAGUCACAAUCUUAAAUCAGAGUGUACUACUUUGCUCAUCCUACUCUGCCCCAAAUUUUUCCUUUGAUGGCUAAAAAAAAAAUCAAAUAACUCAUAAUUUUGGGUGUAACCUUCAUUUUAGGAAUGCAAGGAAUUUAUUAGAAUACAGCCACCAAAAUGCUUCAGAGCUUAUAUGUGUGCAUCAUAAUUUGAUUCUAAUUUACUUGAACACGAGGCAAAUUUUUUGUGUUGCACGUUUAUUUUGUUAGUUUCAUGUACGAGUGUGUUGGGUCGUUUGAGAUUAAUAUUGAUGAUUGGGGCAAAUUUAUUUCUGAAUAUUAGUGGAUACUGAUUGUUUUUGUGUGUUUAAUUUUAAUCUGGUAGCUUUCCAUGGGAAAUUUGAAGUGUAAAGAUUAAGCUUGCACAAAUAAUCUCUUCUAAAUUCUUGACUUUUAAUGUAAAAUUCAGUGACCCAAAGUUCUUUGAAUAUGAGAAGUAAUUUAUUUUUAAAUCCUUACUUUUUCAUCAGUUUUUUGUUCGAGAUAUGCAGAAUCUGCCAGUGCAAAAACUUCAAGGUUUAUCCUUAAUUUUACCUAUUCUCCUUUUCGGUGAGAAUCUUCUAGGAAAACCAUUCCUGACUUAAAUACUCUCGGCAGUCAUAAAACUGUUAUUUUGUUGGUUUUUCUUUUAUGUAGAUCUCAACCAUUGAUUAUCAUGAAAUCAUGAGUCAUAAAUUGGAAAUAUUGCACCCUAUUUGUGUCAGUGCACAAUUUAGUUUGAAAUGCUCCUUUAAUAUAUUACUUACUUUAUUAGUGGAAUCCUAUGGUUCUUUCCUUGCCGAGUCCUCUUUUCCCUCCAUUCCUUUUCUCUUUCCAUAUUCACUCUUUUAUGUCUUCUAUAUUCAAUUUUCUUUUAUAUCUACCCCCUCCUUUAAGCAUAUCAAUCAUAUUUGUAUAUCUACUCUGUUCUUCCCUCCUCUUUCCUUUACAAGGGAGGGUUUCAUGGCAACAAAUACUGAUUUUCACUGACAAAUUUGUUCUGAGCCAAUCAGAUGCAAGGAUUUUGGUAGCUUAUAACAGUGAAAAUCACUAUUUGCUUUCAUGAAAUGCUCCCCUACCCCCCCCCCUUCAAUUUCUCUGUAUUGCAUCUCUUUUCAAUUCUGCAUCUUUUUGCAAUGUCUCUCUUUUACUUUUUUUUGUGUCUCUCUGUACUUCCUUUAACAUUUCUUUCAAUCUAGAAAUAAACUCAUUGACAGAUCUUUCUCUUUCCUUGUACAGCAUAAAUGCUGCUUGUUCAUCAAUGUGUGUUCAAUUUCCCUUUAUAUAGGCCUUCCUUAGCACUCGGAGUGUUUCUAUUCUAUGUACAAGUAACAUUUUUGAAAGCUUAAAGUUCUUGAAAGUAUAUUCAAUUUUGAUAACAAAUGAAGGAUUUAAAAAAAGAUGAAAUCUUUGCUGAAACUAACUAAAAAAAUGUACAAUAAUACUGAGCCAAAGAUUUUCAUGUUUUAUAGCGAUAUGUAAUUAUGAAUAUAUUUAAGAAAAUUUCGCCAGAGGCCAAGAAGAUCAGUACAUACUACUUUUGUCAAUAAUGUAGAGUUUGUAGAAUAAAAUAAUGAGAGUUUAUAUUUGUGAAAUGUUGAGAACGCCUUGUAAAUGUUUUUUUUUAAGUAUUCCUAACCCUGGUAGAUCUAGCUCCUAUCAUGACCAAAAAAGGAGAAAAUAAAUGUAUAUUUCUAUGAAGAUAUAUACAUAUUUCCCUUGCAUAAUAUGAGCGUGAUAGGGGUAAAGAUGUGUUAUAUAAUUGUGAGCCCCCUGCAUAUAUGGUGUUUUAUAUAAUUCAAACUAUAUGUGCAUAAUAAAGUUUCUGGGGUCAUAAAUUGUAUAUGUGAAUAUUAGAUGACCAAGACAUGUUUUGUGUACAUGCAAAGGAAUUAAAAUCAACAUGUCUAUUGAAAGUAUAUUUA